ACCUCCGACGUCUAUGGACCCCACACCAACGAGCUUCUCAUCGGCAAGGCUUUGACAGGAGGACUGAGAGAGAGAGUGCAAAUAGCUACGAAGUUUGGGAUAAGUAUGAAGGAUGGGAAAAUGAAAAUUAUUGGUGACCCAAAAUAUGUGAGAGCUGCCUGUGAAGAAAGCUUGAAGCGGCUUAACAUCGACUGCAUUGAUCUCUAUUAUGUUCAUCGAAUUGACACCAGUAUGCCUAUUGAAGUCACGAUGGGAGAACUCAAGAAACUGGUUGAAGAGGGGAAAAUAAAAUAUGUUGGUCUCUCAGAGGCCUCUGCUUCAACAAUCCGAAGGGCUCAUGCCGUUCAUCCAUUAACUGCUGUUCAGAUGGAGUGGUCCUUGUGGUCAAGAGAUUUAGAAAAAGAAAUAAUUCCUACCUGCAGGGAACUUGGUAUUGGAAUCGUCCCAUACAGUCCACUGGGACGGGGUUUCUUCUCAGCAGGUCCCAAGUUGAUUGAGAACUUGUCCGAGGGUGACCAUCGUAAGAAAUUUCCGAGGUUCCAACCAGAAAAUCUUGAAGCUAACAAACUAGUAUUUGAAAGGGUCAGUGAAAUGGCUGCAAGCAAAGGUUGCACCCCGUCCCAACUAGCAUUGGCUUGGGUUCAUCACCAAGGAGAUGAUGUUUGUCCCAUACCCGGUACCACUAAGAUCGAGAACUUGAACCUGAAUAUUCAAGCUUUAUCUGUGAAAUUGACACCCCAAGAGAUGGCUGAACUUGAAUCCUUUGCUUCUGCCGACAUGGUUAAGGGCGAUAGACAUGCUUACAUGGCAAACACAUGGUUAAACUCAGAGACUCCCCCACUAUCCUCGUGGAAGCCCGAGUAGGCGAGUAGGCACUUCCUUUGCUCUUUCACUUGAGUACUGGACUGAUUCUUAGAGUCAGUUAAAUAAAUGACCCUGUGUGUUUGCUAAUAUGUGCUGAUAUCAGUUCAUUUAUUAUGUUUAAGCCAUUUUGGCACUCCAGAUUUCACAAUAUAUUUUCAGCCUGUAUCUAAAUGCUCAUUGUUGGUAAAA